AUGAUUAGUAUGACGAUCGAGUUCUUGAGCCCCUUGCGUUCCCGUUUGGGAGAGCUCGUGGCCACUCUCCUGGUCGCGGAUCAAGAGGACGGACUCGGAGUUACUUGUCAGAAAGGCAUCUGGAUUCUGGUCUCGACUCCCGACCGCAAAGAGAUCGGAGGAUUAUCAUCUCGAAGGAGAAGAAUGUUUUCAGGGCAGCCCUGUAGCCUCGUAUCGACGAUGACUUCAUCAGUUCUUAAAUCCUCCUCAAUGCGACUAUCCGUCGUCCAUCUGCAUCAUACAUCAUGCUCUCGAUCUCGGAAAGAAUGGCCAAGAGUCGUCCUCCAGACUGGGAUGGUGAUACAGAACCGGCCAAAUAAUGAUGACGAUAAGGCCGAUAGUGUCUCUUGUCAUUGUCUUGUCCAAAAAUCGUAUCAUCUUUUUGGCUAG